GGGGGAGGAGCAGGAAGUGGCGGUGCGAGGGCUGCUGCACAGCUAGCAGAGCCGCGGUCCGGACGGCAGCGCGUGCCCCGAGCUCUCCACCUCCCCCCGCCCGCCAGCCCGAGGCCCCCGAGCCCAGCCCGCGGCCCCAGCAGCAGCGCCCAGAGCAGCCCCAGCAGCAGCGCCAUGGCCGGGUGGAACGCCUACAUCGACAACCUCAUGGCGGACGGGACCUGUCAGGAUGCGGCCAUCGUGGGCUACAAGGACUCGCCCUCCGUCUGGGCCGCCGUCCCCGGGAAAACCUUCGUCAACAUCACGCCAGCUGAGGUUGGUGUCCUGGUUGGCAAAGACCGGUCAAGUUUUUUCGUGAACGGGCUGACACUUGGGGGCCAGAAAUGCUCUGUUAUCCGGGACUCGCUGCUGCAGGACGGGGAAUUUACCAUGGAUCUCCGUACCAAGAGCACCGGGGGAGCUCCCACCUUCAACAUCACUGUCACCAUGACUGCCAAGACGCUAGUCCUGCUGAUGGGCAAAGAAGGUGUCCACGGCGGGAUGAUCAACAAGAAAUGUUAUGAAAUGGCCUCCCACCUGCGGCGUUCCCAGUACUGACCUCGUCCACCCCUCCCCCCCCCCACCCCCCACCCCCCACUGCUUUUGCACCCCUCUCCUUCCCAUACACACACGUACACCAUUUUUAUUUUUUGGGC